GAUCACUGGGUCCCGGCUGGUGAUUACCAAGGAUCUCCGACAGGGAGGACUACUUUGUUUACUAACAAUCCUCCUGCCGGUCGGUUCGGGCACACUGCUCUGGAUGGCUAGCAGUGUGCUUACAGUGAAGCACCAACACAAUGGCCCCCAGUAAAAUACUCCAAGCACACAGUUAACCCUUUGAUCGCCUUUCAUGUUAACCCCUUCCUGCCCAGUGCCACUAGUACAGUGUCCAUGCUUUUUAUUAGCACUGAUCACUAUAUUGGUGUCACUGGGGAUGUCAGUGACACCAAGUCAGUUCCCCGCAGUGUCAGAAUGCCCGUCGCAGUCCCGCUAUAAGUCGUUG